AUGGUAAUGAAUGUACGUUUAAUGAAACUGACACAGAACAAAGCCUAUGAAGUAAGACGAUCGAAAUAUCAAACAGGUUUUGCCUUUAAUUCAUCACAAGUAAAAUCGAAGAUUGCAACGUUUACUACAUUUCACUUCCUCCAAAUUAAAAGUAACAAGAAUGCAGUUAUUUCCUACUACAUCAAUGAAAAUCUUUCUACUGAAGAACUUUGCUAUGAGAAUUUACGUGGAGAAAGUAGUCAAAUGGCAUCACUUGCAAUUACGGAACGAAAUCAGUGGCCAAUAGACGUCUUGUCAAGUAUUUUGCAGAAAAGAGAAUAUAUGAGAAACCUGUUAGUAAGUGACUGUUUGCAUUAAUAAAUCAGAUGGAGAAAGAAGAUUCAGAAAAAUAUUGCAUAUGAAGAACACUGUUGCAGAUUAGUGGCUUGCAAUCAGUGGCAACAACAGAACAAAGAGGAGUAAUUGCAUCAAACAAUAGCAGAUAAUACCAGAAAACCAUCUUUAUGUGAAAAUACAUAUUUUUUAUCAACUUGUUAUAUAAUUGAUGACAUCUUUUAAUCGUGACAAUUUAAUUAGAACGUGUAAUUCUUCUGAUGUGGCAUGUAAAUUUAUAAUGUAUGUUUUUCAAAUUUAUUCUAUACCAUGUUCUUACAGUUGAAUAUCCUAUCUCAAAAGUAAAUAAAAUGUUCUAUAUUAGUAAACGUGCAGUGUUAUAUUCCGGAAUAUUUAUAUAUAAAAUAUUUCACUUGCCAUUCUUAUCAGAAAAAGUAAUCACAAAAUUGUUUUUUGUUACUUCAGUC